GUUCCACCGUGCUGCUGUGGCCCAGAUCCAUGCUGUUGGGAGAAUUGCCUGAUCGGGACAUGCUUUGGCUGCUGUGGCCCUUGCGUCCCAUGUUGGAGCUUCUUCCUCCUCGGCUGGCUCUUCACCGUGCUCUUCGUCCGCGAAAUCGGGGUGCAGGGCACUGACAUCUUCUCAUUCGAGGAUCCUGCGGUAGAAACCGACAUCCGAGUGCAACAGUGGUUUGGCUACCAAGCAGCCUUGAGCGAGAGGCCAGGCUGUUUUGACCAGGCGCACGAGGACGAGGACGUCUGCAAGGCUGAUGAGCUUUGCGAGUGGGUGACACGUGGCCCACGUGGAUCUUGCCAGGAACUUGAGUGCCCAUCCGCUCCGCCCAAGGCACGGCAAAGCCCCUUGUACCUGGACUUUCUGCCGGCGUUCAUCAGCGUGAUCUAUGAGGCUGUGGCGGAGGAUGGAAACAUCUUGGAUGAUGACGUCAUGCAGAUCAUCAAAAACUACGAGGCGGAGCUUUUCACAGACGUUGAUGGUGCUGAGUACACCUACGACGGUGCAAAGCGAGCUUCCCCAUGGAACGAGGACUGGUGUUUGAUGGCAUAUCCCAGCCAUGGCUUUGGCACCCCAAAGUGUGCGUCUGGCGUUGGUCUCACACACAUGUUCUCCAUGGACACCGAUGGUCUCAACACAGUUGCGCAGCAGGGCCUCGACGGCAUGAACUUCCUGGGACUUGGGGGAAUGAUGUCAUGCAUUUGUCACAUGGAGGAUACUUGCCAGGUUUGCAACAGCGACGGUACCAUGAAGGGUGCCGGCACUUCCGAUCCGAAGACCAGUUGGCCGACAUCGAUCCAGACAUGCAUCGCCAACUGGAAGAGCAAUGUUCUUAGCAUGGCCCAGGCCCAAGCCAACGAGCCCACCACGACCACCACUACCCUGGAUCCCACCUCUGCCCUCGGCCAGCUCUGCGCAGCUGCUCCGACCCGGAGUCCUCUGCCUACGACAAGCGGCCCUGUCACUAUGAUGGCGUUGGACAGGGUCGAGCAAGCGAUGAUGCAGACCGUGGCAGCAGGGUGCGCGAGCAACAUGACCUGUGGCUGGUCUCCUCCAGGAACGCACCAGAUUUGCAGUUCCUCUGCAUACUUCCCAGCGACAGAUGCCACAGGCUUGGUCACGGGGGCUGCCAAGGAGGCGAUCCUGGACAAGAUGUGUGACCCAUCGCUGCCGCUGUGGUGGAACAGCAAAAACAGCUUCAUGCCCAUUUCCUUCGAUUGCGAGUCGCGGAAGAGCAAGUAUGCCCUCUCUCGCUUCUUCGCUGGAGCCAACGACCCAGAGGAUGAUAAAGAAGGUGAGCGGUUCCAGCUGGGAUACGUGGAAGGCCGCACCGGCUGGUAUGCGAAGGCAGCCCUGAUUGAGGCAAGGUACGAGCGGGAGCAUGGCAGCAAGCUCCGGAUCAUGCUCUUCUCUGGUGCAACGCUGAUCGCCCAGUACCUGGGGAUCCUCUUGGUCGAUGGCUUCCUUUCGCUCGGCUCACUGGUGUCUGUCUGGGCAUACAUGAUCAUCUUUUCCCUUCCCGUUGGAAUGUGCUUUUGGGUGCUUAUCCUGGGACAGAAGAUUUUCUGGUAUCAGAUGCUCGUGAUCUACAUGAUUCUUGGUAUCGGUGCCGAUGAUGUCUUCAUCUUCUACGAUGCUUGGUUGCAGUCCGCGCAUGCCGAAGGCGUGAGCCACAGCAAGAGCACUCGUUUCUGCUGGGCCUAUCGCAGAUCGGUGGGGGCGAUGCUUGUGACCACUCUGACCACUUGCGGCUCUUUCUUCAUCGGUGCCACCUCGCCGUUGCCCUUGGUUCAGAGCUUCUGCAUCUUCGCUGCGGUGGUCGUGCUGGUGGACUACCUCUUCUGUAUCAGCUUCUUUGCCUCGGCUGUCUUGGUUUAUGAGGAAUGGAUCAAGGGCUUCGGCUACUGCUUCCGCUGCUGCGGCAUUGAGCUCCGUGAGGCAGGCACCUGCUUGGGCCCCGGCUGCUGCUUCGGAGGCCUCCGAGCCUGCCUCACCUGCUGUGGCAGAAGCUGGAAAGUGCUGCCCAAGCCUCCCAAGCCGGAGGAUCCCCCUGAGCCGCGCGCUAUGGAAAAGUUCUUCUCCGGAUUUGUCUUCAGACAAUACCAGAAUCACAAGAUCAAGCUCAUCCUUUUCUGGGUCGCCGUGGUCAUCGGUAUGGCCACAAGUGCUGGACUUCAGCUUCGCACUGCCAAGAAGAGGGCGCCCAUCGGCCGUGAGAACAUCGAUGUGAUCAAGGGCUCUGACAUCCUUUUCUCGGAGUUCGAAUUCUCGACACGCCCUGUCACCGCUUCGAUUGUCUUUGGCCUGGAGGAUGAGACCCCCGUGACCUGGGCCCGCGAAAGGGACGACUCCACGUUGAACGCGCCGAAGUUCGGUGGGACCUCGGCCAUUGAUUUGGCGCAGCCUCAACAUCAGCUCGAGCUCCUGGCACUCUGCACGGCUGUGGACCGGGGACAGGACGAUGCGGACACGCGCUGCGGCACACGUGCGUGCCUGGCGAAAGGCUCACCUUUGCCUGGAGGCUGUGCGCAUGACGUGGAAGCUUGGCAGACCUCUGGCCUCUAUAUCCGGGCUGACGAGAGCUGUGUGACCUCUCGUUAUUGCUUCAUGGAAGACCUUCGCUACUUCUGGGCAUCCAAGCAGGGCAGCUGCCAAGGCAAGGGUGAAAGCGCGUGCAUUGCUGCCGCAGGCUGCGCCUACACAAACAGCACUCUGCCUCCGAGCUGUUACUCCACGACCGACCCUCUCAGCUAUCCGGGAUUGUCGGAGAGCGAAUUUUUGUCGCUUCUGUCAACCGCUUCUGUGAGCGAUCCCCAGACGACGGAAUGGGAGGAAUAUAUGGAGAUGAAGGCGAACUACCUCAAGGGCAUCAAUCGUCGCUAUGAAGCAGAUUUCAUGACUCAGUACACAGGAAUCCGGCUCAACAACGCCAAAACCGCCAUUCAGUUUGCAUGGAUCAGCUACAAUGCCACAUUCCCCCGCGAGAACACCGUGGAUGAGGCGAACGAGUGGUACAACCGAUGGCAGACCUUCAAGGAAACGUGGGCGCCGGAUCUUGGGGGCUUCCAGACGGCAGAGUUGUACCUGUUCCUUGUGACCCAGAACGAGAUGGUCAAGGCAGCCACCAUGGGCAUCGGCCUUUCACUGCUGGUUUGCUGGAUCGUGCUGUUGGCAACCACAUGGAACUGGUGGACGUCUACCUUGGGCCUGGUUUGCAUCGUUUGUAUCACGGCGACCUUCUUGGGAAUCGUGCCACUCCUCGGAUGGAGCUUGGGUGAGAACGAGUGCAUCUUCAUGAUCGCCACGGUGGGCUUAUCCGUGGACUACACGGUGCACUUGCUUCAUGCCUACAACAACACGCCUGCAAGGACGCGGACAGAUCGGGCCCAUGCUGCCUUGGAAGAGAUGGGCAUUUCCGUUGCCAACUCUGCCAUUACAACCCUCUUUGCAGCAGCCAUGCUCUUCGCAUGCGGCUUCUACUUCUUCUUCCAGUUCGGUGGCUUCAUCUUCAUGGUGAUCGGACUGUCCAUCCUCAUGUCCACGAAUUUCCUCAUGCCCCUGCUGAUGCUGAUCGGCCCGGAAAAUGAUCAAGGCAACAUGUGCUGCUACCUCUUGCCAAGGUUCGGAAAGCCACCGUUGCCGAGAGUCCCCAAAAGCAGCGAGUGA